AUGCACUCCUCCCCAUACCACCAGCCUUCAUACCUCAGCGCCAGCUCCAGCUCCUCCAGCCCCAGCUCCAGCCCUGAGACUCCUCCCUCUCUUCUCGACGGGUGGUCGGACUCCAGCUCCAGCAGUCCCGAAGCAAUGUUGCCCUACCAACAGCCAUGGGCCGUCGAGCCCACCAUGAACUGCUCGUUCUUUCAGCCCCAGUCGACGGUCGAGCCCUCGCAAGAUGGUCUGCCUCGUGUAGUACCCUCCAUGGGCGGCCGUAUUCAUGAGUGGCCCGGGUCUCUCAUGGCGUCCAACUACUCCUCGUCCAGGCCAUUGAAGCCUGAGAUGCGGCGCCUCCCUGCUGGCAAGCACUUGCCGGAUUGGCCACACUCAAAGCCAUCAGAAGCCGCUUCGCUCUCCUUGUACAAGUCUUCACAUCCGCUUCCCCCGCACUCACACUCAUCAUCCCCCAUGAAUCCAGCUGCGACAACAAUAUUACCUACGUCAACAAGCAUGCCAUACCAAUCGCUUCCAUUGAGCGUCGUGAGCCCGCCCAUCAAACUUGAAAUGGACCGUGAUGUUGCGCCCAUCGCAAGUGCGGACGAAGCCGAAGAUACAAACGCAGAUCCCCCAUACUCGCAACUUAUCUACGAAGCUCUUUCAGCAGCGCCCGGGAAGAAGCUACCUCUCCAGGGUAUCUAUUCGUGGUUUGAGAAGAAUACGGCCAAGGGAAGAGACCGGGGCUCAAAGGGCUGGCAGAAUAGCAUCCGGCAUAAUCUAUCAAUGAAUGCAGGUUUCGAAGCCGUUCGGGAAGAAUCCAUGCCAGGAAAGAAGGCUGUGAACUAUUGGCGCCUGACAGAUGAGGCCGUUAGCAACGGCAUCCAAUCUACAACGCGGUACAGAAAACAGACGAAUUACAAGAAGCCAGUUGCAUCGGAUCCGCCGGCACCCCAGCGUCAGCGCUCCGGAGCCAAGGGAGGGAAAGCUACGAAAAUCACGGCUAGGUUUCGAAGCAACGGUCUCAGCAUAAACGGCAUGAGCCCAGAGGAAUACCGACGAGAACGAGCGUACCGCCAACAACACCUCCAUCAGCACCAGGACUACAACCAGCGCGUCAUGCCUUCCCAGAGGCACCUCCCCAAAAGCUUUAUCUAUAGCCAGUAUCUUCAUCGCCCGCCGCCCACGACAACAGCAGCAUAUGCACCAGGGGUUGUAGGAACAGCACCCACAACACACUCAAUGACAGCGGCGCGCUCUUCAGCCAUCGAGGGUUUCAAUCUGGGCAAUAUUGUUGGCUGCACUGAAGCCCCUCCCUGCACGUCCACUACUCCUAUUUUUUGCGACAUGGCGGGCCCUGGUCCAGACUGCCUAGUCUUUGACGCCGGGUUUAUGGGGAUGGACGGCAUCCAUUCGUCCUUUGCUGGCUCCGAGAUCUCGACUACAGAUCUUCACAUUGGGUUAUAA